AUGGGGACAGGAGGCUCCGGGGUCCAGGGCGAUGUCCCCGAGGUUGGGGACAGGGCCGGGCUGUGUCCCCCCCCCCCCCCCCGGUGUCCCCAACCCAGGGGACAGGCGGGAGGUGACACCACCCCCCCCGCGCAAAGCACUCUGGGAAUUGUAGUCCUGGGAGGUCACGUGGGGGGCGGGAGGACUCCAUUUCCCAGCAUCCUCUGCGCGGAGCGGACGGGCAGGGAGCUGCGGUGCCCCCCCAGUUUGGGGCCAGCAGCCGGGUGGCCAUGGCAGCAGCAGCAGCAGCAGCAGCGGGGGGGGGGGCUGGGGGGGGGUCCUUUGGCCCGGUCCAUUCGGUCCAAACUGCUCCGGGCUUUCCGUCCCACCCACCUGCAGGUUCGGGACGACUCCCCCCGCCACGGGGGCCCCCCCGGAGCCGAAACUCAUUUCUGGGUGCUGGUGGUGAGCGAGGGGUUCCAGGGGGUCCCCUUGCUCCAGAGGCACCGGAUGGUCCAGGGGGUGCUGGGGGAGGAACUGGGGGGGCCCCUCCACUCCUUGUCCAUCGUCACCAAGACCCCCCAGCAGUGGGAAAAGGACCCCCGGGUGCAGCCCCCCCCUCCCUGCCUGGGGGGGUCCAAGCACGAGGAAAAAAUGAAAAAGAAAAGCCCACCCCCCACCCCCCUGUGCCCCCCCCAACCUUGAGCACCCCCAGAAGGUCCUUGAGCACCCCCAGAAGUGGGGGGUGGGGGGGGCUGAACACAGACACCCCCACAUCUGAUCUUGGUUUGGGGGGGGGGUCCCCAUUUGCUCCCUUUUGAGGGAGAUUUGGGGAUCCCCCCCCCCAUCUGCUCCCAUUUUGAGGGGGGGGCUCUCCCCAUCUGCCCCCAGUUGGGGGGGAUUUGGGGGAUCCCUCCCCCCCCCAUUUAAUUCCCCCCCCCCCAUCUUGGGUGAGAUUUGGGGCUCCCCCCCGAUCUGCUCCUAUUUUAGGGGGGGGGUCUCCCCCUCUUCCCCCUCUCCUCCCAUCCUGGGGGGGAUUUGGGGACCCCCCCCAUCUACACCCAUUUUGAGGGGGGGGCUCUCCCCAUCUGCCCCCAGUUGGGGGGGAUUUGGGGGGCUCCCACCUCCCCAUCUGCUCCCCUUUUGGGGGGGGUCUCCCCCUCUCCUCCCAUCUUGGGGGGGGGGGGAUUUAGGGGUCUCCCCCCCCACUCCACCUUGGAGGGGGUGCAUGUGACCCCCCCCCAAUUUAAUCUCAAACCCAAAUAAAUCUUCAAGCCCCAA